UGUUUUAUUAUCAGUAUCUCUAUCACAUGCACUGUCUCUCUCUUACCGCAUCAUUAUAUUCUCUUUCUUUUCUUCUUCCCUUCUCUCCUCUUCUCUUCUCUUCUCCUGCUCCAUGGCUAGCUUGAGCUUCUUCAUUGGCAUUAUUGGCAAUAUCAUUUCUAUACUGGUUUUUGCUUCUCCCAUCCAAACCUUUUUGAGAGUGGUGAAGAAGAAAUCUACAGAGAACUACAGGGGAGACCCAUACAUAACUACUCUACUAUGCACAAGUUUGUGGACUUUCUAUGGACUUAUGAAGCCAGAUGGUUUGCUUGUUGUGACUGUCAAUGGAGCAGGAGCCGUGUUACAAUUCAUCUAUGUCAUUCUUUUCCUUAUCUUUGCUCCCAAAGAUAAGAAGAUUAAGACGGCGAAAUUGGUGGCGAUAUUAGACGUUGGGUUUCUUGGGGCAGUGAUUGCAGUAACUCUUGUAUUUGUCCAUGGAAAUCUGAGGCUAACCUUUGUGGGAAUUUUGUGUUCUGCAUUAACCAUUGGCAUGUAUGCUUCACCUCUAUCAGUAAUGAGAACAGUUAUAAAGACCAAGAGUGUUGAAUACAUGCCAUUUUUGCUCUCGUUUUUCCUGUUUCUCAAUGCUGGUGUUUGGUCAGUUUAUUCAGUUCUUGUUAGAGACAUUUAUAUUGGAGUGCCCAAUGCCAUAGGCGUUGUGUUGGGCUCGGCCCAGUUGAUAAUCUACUCAAUUUACAAAAACAAGUCAAAGUCAACAAAAUCAACGGAGAAGAUGGAAGAAGAAGGGUCGGCCCGACUGGUGAAAGGAACCAUUGAGAUGCGUGGAUUUGGUGAUGAUCAUCAUGUGGGGGAUGAGGCCAAUCACAAUAAUCGGGCGGCUUUCACUAAGGGAAAAAGUCUUCCAAAACCUCAUGUUAAUAGACAAUACAGCCUGCAGAAGAUCAUAAAGACACUGUCUUUAGGCCCAUAUGAUUUAUACUCUACUUGGCCCCAGGAUGAACCCGACGUCGAGAUGGGAAACACCGAGGACCACCGUUGAUCUUGCAGACUUUUUAUAGAGCAAGAUGCAUGUAAAUUACUUAAAAGGACUUUGAAAAUGCUACUUCUACAAUGUGUGAUUUUUCUUUGUAAAUUUGAAUAAGAGUAUCUUAUGUAACUGAAGGCUUGCUUUUUUUUUUUUA